AUGCCGUCGAGGGCGCCUUCAAUAGGCGCGCGCUGCUGUCUUUGCAUUCGUUCGCAAAGAUCAGCAAGGCUCAGCUGGCAAUCCAGCUGUGUUCCAGCAAGGCGUACUCUGGUAACGGCUGCUCCAACAACAACGUCUCUGCUUUGUAAUGGCGUCACACCUUGCGCUCGCGAGGGCUUUCAUACGGCUUCUACACAUCGACAAGCAGUCGAGGUCGCAAAUUCCACGCAAUCAUCCCACUCGCCGACUGCACUCGAAGCAGAGAGCAUUCCCGACAUCGCAAGACGCGCUCAGAGCAUCGCCGACCCGAACCAACGGAUCCUGACAGCAGAAUGGACGAACAGAGUGGAGCUUCUCAAUCGAAAAGCACAGAAUUUUGGUGCCAUCAGCGAAGGCGAUCGUGUUUCCACACGCAUAGUGUUGGUUGGAUCGUCACUCAGUCAGACGCAGCAGCUCUUGACUGCCAUGGUCGACGAGCCGCUUCGUGAAAUCAGCGAAGGCAGAUCCAACGAAGCGGAAGCAAUCGUGUCCGCUCUGGCAAGCCUGCCUCCUUCCACUCCUUUCACCAUCAAGUACAAUCCCGGCCCCUUCCAGCUCCUGAGCAAUAACACCGCUGCUUUGGAUCGUCACUGGCUUCAGCAAUCAAAUCUCGAGAUCACUGUCUUGCUUGACCCUACGGCCUCCGCCGAAUCUACCUAUGACCUGAUCUACGACAGCGAAGCCGUCAUCUUUGUCACCGACGAUUAUGCCCUCAGUCAGUCUGCACGCCGACCACGCAACGCAGAUGAGAGAGGCAACACCAUCUAUGAGCUUCUCUCUCGCUUUGCAGCCAAGCCCCAUAUUUACCUAGCUGUCAAUUCGAUCCUCGGAUUGGAUCGCUUGCAAAUCCUCGAUGGGCUCGAGUCUGCCACUGGUGCGUCUGUGGCUGAUCUCGUAGCACCGCACUUGGUUCCCGUUCGCAUCUCGGACGCGUUAGCUGCCAACUCUGCUCUUCGACAAGCGCUUGACAAACAGGAGCCGCAAACGCCCUCACAUUCCAACUUGAGCCCCACCUCCACCGGCUACUGGGAUGAGUUUAGUGGGCAUUAUCAGCGUUCUAAUGUCGGCUCGCUCAUCCAACUCGUUCAGAAUCUCAGAGCCAAACAAGAAUCCAAGACCCUGGUAGUACAAUCAGCCGCGUUCCUCCUCCAGCACUGUCUCGAGGAAGCUUUGGCUACCGUGAAACGCAACCUUGCUUGCCUGUAUGAGCUGCGGUCACUUGCCAGCCAAGCAAAAGAAAGAGAGCAGACCACGCUCAAGCAGUCACUUGAGCGCAUCUGGCCCCCAUCGACCGCAUACACCGGCCAGCUCUCCAGGGAUGAGAUCAAGAUCUGGCGUCCAGCCUUGCCCGGCUCGCAGAGUGCCGUCGACGAAGCCAUGCAACAGACGGAUGAUCUGAUCGAGUCUACCUUUGAUACCAAGCUGCAAUGGUGGAAGCUCAUCUGGAAGGCCGAUGACGUUCGGAAGGAACUCGAAUCUGCGUGUGCUGGGUUUGCUGCUUCGCUCGAAUCGGAUCUCGCGUACGAGUCAGGUCGCCUUGCAACGCUUCAAGUCGAGAAAGUCCGGACGGCAAAGCAGCACCUCGUACAGUUUUGUCGUCUGGCGCACCAACUCGGGCCUAACAUCGCCUCCGCGUCUCGUGAUGUCGCAUUGCUCACCAACGAAGCCGAAGCAUAUCGUUCGACCAAGCUUCGCACCAUAGAGCCAUCCACCUUGAUGGAGCCUAUUCACCGCAGACGUGCACAGCUCUUGGAAACAGGUGGUCCCAUCGAUGUACUUGCCUCUAAAUCUCGGAAGCUCGCAGUGACGAGCUCGGCAGCCGUUGCGGUAACUGCCGCUGGAGUUGGAUCGGCAAGUGUGUUGGGUGCCUCGCUCGGUCUUGAUGCAUCCUCAGCAUCGCUCGCAUUAGAUCCCAGCACGGGUCUUGGAUUAGGUCUGUUGACACUCACCUUGGUAGGAUGGAGGAUGCAGGGUCAGUUUGGCAAGCUCCGUCGACAAUUCCGCAAGGACUGGCAGCGUUUCUCCGAGGGUUUAGACCAAGAUCUCAAGAACAACUUCGAGACAGUAUUACGCCAGCAGAUUAACGGACCAUCUGACUUGGUCUCGUCACGCAUUCUUUCUCUCACCCGAGUAUGGGGCAACAAUGUCCAACGACAGGAGAACCUCGUUAGGAGUGUCGCAGCUCAAACGCCCCAUCACGUUGACACGACGAACAAGGUCAACGCAGAAGCAAAGGCUCGCGAAUCACUCUGA